CACAUUGCGUGUCGAAUCAACAUAGUCUUUCAACGUCAAAAAAGCAAUACUGUACAAUCCGAGAGUAAUCGACAGGAGAAAGUAUUUCAAGAACAGAAGUAAAUACCAAGCAACAAGCAGCAAACCAAGAACAAAACAGCCACAGGAGUAAUCAAAGUGGCAAUGAUGAUAUCUGCUAUCGCAAGUCAAACGUCGAAGCCUUUAUUGCGAUCGGCCCUUUCCCGUCCUUUGUCCGCCAUUCGUACUGGAMGCCAGUGGAAGGGAACAUCUGCCACCACGAGGAGAGACAUUUCGAUCGGCACGGACCUCACUAAAAAUGAAACCACSCUUCAAAAAGCGCGGCCUUGGGUAAGAAAAAGGCGAUAGGGGAGUUGGAUGCACCCUACGGUGUAGGACUGACCUCCGCAGAUCAAAGAUCUUCUCCUCGUCCGUUCGAUUCCAUCCCACUCACACCUGUUAUACUGUUUUUUGGCCAACCAAUACUACGCGCAUGCACAACCCGAUUGAUGGAAUGYGUUCUUCCAMUACAACGUGUAGCACAUGAACGAUUCGGAUUCCAACCUUGCAGAUGAUAACGCCGUAACCAUGCCCGAAUUGUUCCAAGGCAAAAAAGUGGCCAUCUUCGGGGUCCCCGCCCCGUUCACCGGAACGUGCACAACGGCCCAUUAUCCCCCCUACCAAAAACUCCAGGACAAAUUUGUGGCCAAGGGGGUCGACAAGCUCGUGUGCUAUUCGGUUGCGGACCCCUACGCUCACUACAAUUGGGGYAAGACGAUGGGAAACGACUUYGACAAGAUUUCCUUUUUGGCCGACGUGGACGGUGCGUGGGCGCGAUCGAACGAGCUGGAGCAAGACUACACGGUGGYCUCGCUGGGACACCGAUCGGCCCGCUUUUCUAUGAUUGUCGACAACGGCAUCGUGACGGCCUUCAAUCUUGUCGAAGAUGCCGAUGGUGAUGCCGAGCUGUUGCUGGAGCAAGCAUGAGCAAGUACUUGACGUACUAUAUAACGAAUAAUGCAUCAAAACUAGAGCUGAGCAUUAGUAAUCCGUGUCGCUGGAAUAUUCUUCGAAAGAAAUGAAACAUUUGAACAACAGACUUAAAAAGAGCGUAGAAUUUUAAGUUCAACAUACCAACCGCCAAUGGUGAAAGUAUUACGUUGACUUGAAUCAUCUUUGCUCCGUUAACAAAUAUUUUGCGAAUACAAUGAUAUUGCGAAUUCGUCUUCGUCCGGGUCAGAGACUUGCUGCUACUCUUUUUGUUGGUUAUGAACCUGUUGCAAAAUUUGGUCCACGACAGAAGCCACUUCCAGACUAUCUUGAUGAGUAAAGUAUUGACAUUCUUUUUCGCCGUUGAUCAGCGAAUCUGUAACAGAUUGGAUUUGAUGCGUAAAUCCAAUGCUGCCAGGAUAGUUCCAGGUGGUAUAAGAGUCGUCUGGCAAGGGAAAUUCGAAGACSUCUUCUUCGAUCACGCCACGCCCGGCAUCGGCCUGCAACUUGACAACAGUUGGAACGUGGGCAGGAGGUUCCAAAAUAAUUCUUCCUUUCGUACCUUGAACGACGACUCGCUCYUCCGUAUUGGCAUCACCUGUCACGAUAAACUGCAAAAACCCAGAAGAACCAUACUGAAUAUUUGUCAAAACCGUGUGGUCGACACCAUUGCGAAAGUUCCCCAUAGCCUGAACGCGGGAAGGUGGAGAUCCCGAAAAUCCUACCUGCCCAAGCUGAACCAUGUACAUGCCGAUAUCCAGUAUCAUCCCCCCACUUUCUGGGGCCCAUAUACGAUCUUCAGGCCCACAAUCUUUCGUAGACCACCCAAAAUCGGCUUGAAUAGUUGAUAUUUGACCGAUUGUGCCUUGCUGGAUCAAGGAUUGAACUUUUCUCAUAGCAGGAAAACAGCGGGUCCACAAACCUUCCAUCAAAAAAGUAUUUUGCUGUUUCGCUAACGAGACGAGUGAAUUUGUAUCUUGAUAGCUCAGAGUCAGAGGUUUUUCGACGACAGUAGGUUUCUUCGCCAGAAGAGAUUGCAUCGCCAGAGGAUAAUGYUGAUUGGCAAUAGAUCCAAUGUAAACAA